AUGUCCUUCCACGAGUCCUGCCAGAACAUUCACCUCAUCCAUGAGAACGGUGCCACUUUGCUGCACUGCGAGGUCCGUCGUCGCAAUAACGAGUACGUGGCUCGUACGAUCCGUCUGGAUAGACAUAUUGGGAAUACGGAUGGCUGGUUCCUCUGGGGCGGCUCCAACUUCACCGAAACGGCACGCGACAUCCAGCUCGUGCCCACCGAGCGCGGCCCGAAAUUGACGGCCUUCCUGCGCACCAGGGACGGUUCCCACCGUGAGUUGCAGGGUCUGUAUCUCGCGGAUAAGAUUGCGAAUGAGAAUGGGGAGUUGGUAUUUUUGGGACCUUGA